ACUUUUCUGUCAAAUGAUUGUCAAUGUAAUGUCAAAAAUUUGUUUUUAGUCAAUGAAUCAUUAGAGUUAAUUGAAGUGAUCGAUUUUAAUAUUAUUCAAACAAUAUAUUUGUUCAUAAAUUUUAUAUUAAUACAUAUAAAAAUAAAAGCAUACUAACAUUUAACGACAAUAGUUGAAAUAAAACUAAUAAUCGCUUAAAUUAAUUUAUAGAUACACAAUGGAAUCAACUUAUCAAAAUGGGAGUCAAAAUAAGGAUCAAGAGUUUCAAAAACUGUGCCAAACCAUUGGCACUAGUAUUCAGAAAAUAUCACAAAAUGUUUCUUCUAUGCAACGUAUGGUUAAUCAAAUAGGAACUCACCAAGAUUCUCCUGAACUAAGAAAACAAUUACAUUCCAUUCAACAUUAUACUCAACAAUUGGUGAAAGAUACAAAUGGAUAUAUCAAAGAUCUUAGCAACAUUCCACCAUCUUUAUCUCAGUCGGAGCAAAGACAGAGAAAGAUGCAAAGAGAACGUUUACAAGAUGAAUUCACAAGUUCACUAAAUAUGUUUCAAAAUGUCCAAAGAAGCACUGCUUCCAAAGAAAAAGAGCAAGUUAACAAGGCCAAAGCUCAAGCAUAUGGUAGUGAACCUCAUCUUGUUGGAUAUAAAUCCAAAGAUCAACAACUUAUAGAAUUGCAAGAUAAUAAUACAAAGCAAGUGCAGUUGCAGGAUGAAGUCAAUCUUCGAGAAUUAGAAGAACAGGAACAAUCUAUAAGGCAGUUAGAGAGUGACAUAAACGACGUAAAUCAAAUAUUCAAGGAAUUGGGGACUUUAGUUCAUGAGCAAGGAGAAGUAAUUGAUAGUAUUGAAGCAAAUGUAGAAAGAACCACAGAUUUUGUCAGUCAGGGUGCUCAGCAAUUACGAGAGGCCGGUACCUACAAAAAUAAAGUAAGAAGAAAGAAGUUAAUCUUAGCUGGUAUCGCAACUAUCAUUUUAAUUAUCAUCAUAUUGAUCAUUGUUUUGUCUGUUAGAAAUUAAGAAUGUGACGCUAUUAUGAUAUUAACUUGUGAUGUUCUAAAUAUUUAUAAUUUCCUAAAGUAAGAAAAAUUAGUCUAAAGUUAUUAAAAACAAAACAAUUUCAUCAAAUUUUCUAUACCUUAUCCUAAAUUGAAAUUGAGGACUAUUUAGUAUGUUAAUUGAUAUAGAACAAGUAGUUUUAUAUCAAAACCUGAGAACACAAAUAUGCUAUGUCCAUCUAGUAAAUAAAUCAAAGACAGGUUCUAGAAUGAGAAGUUUUCAUGUAAUAUUUUUACAAACGUUACAAUUAAUAAAUAUCAAAAGACAUUGAGCUUCAUUACUACAGAUAUGCACUUACCAAAACUUUACUUCGAGUUUUCCAAAGUAGUGGGAAAUGGACAUAGCCCAUUUGUGCUUAAAGGUAUCAAGAUAAUAUCUACUGUAUAAGGAAAUUUAAUAUAAAAUUGCCUUGCUUCCUACUGUGAAAAACUUGUAAUUUGGUUUUAAGUGUUAGGUUUAUUUAGACCAUACGAAUCUAAAUGUAGAAAAGCUUCUCUUGAUGAAAGCAGAUAGAACAGAAUACGUUUUCUUUAAGAUAUUCGCAUCAUUUUUAAUCCUUAUCUAAAUAGUCUGUUACUAAUGCAAAUGAGCAGACUUUGUCCUUUGGACUCAAUGUGUUGAAAUAUGGUAACUGAUUAAUGAUUCAAUUAAUUGGCUGUCAUGAUUAAUCAAAUAAACCCCCAGCACUCAAUUCAUACACGAACUUUUAUUUUAUUUACAAAGUUUUUAUUCAAUUUUAUUCACUAUGGUAAUGAUUUUUUUCUGCUACCUUUUCUAUGUUCCUAAUUCCUUUUUUCCCUUUCUUCAAUUCCUGAACUUGUUCAACCAUGCUUAUAAUUAAACUGUCUCUUUUUUUGGACUUAAAACUUUAAUUGUACUUUUAAGUUUCGUCUUCCUUUGGCCUAAAUAUAUUUUAUAAAUACUAUUCUUUAUAUUAAUUUAAAUGUAUUAUAAUCCCUAUCAUAGAGAGAUAAAUUUAGUCAUAUUUCCCAAAGUCCAUUAUUCUUAACUUGUAUUUCAAUAAAUUUUAGUUUUUGUUAAGUUUUAUAUUAUUAUUAAACGUGUUGACUUAAACAGAUAUUUUUUUACAUCCUGUAGUGAACACUGUGAUAUACCAAAAAUAUUUCUGUAGACUGUAAAAUGCCAUUAGCCCUGUCCUCUAUUUAACUGAUGUUUAAAAUCAAAGUAGAACUAGGACUAAGAAAAAAUUGAUGCAAUAAAUAAGUGAGACCGUUAAUUGUACUAGAAAAGUCUCGCGAGUGGUCUUAAUGUAAAAAAUUUAUAAGAUUAAAAAAACGUGACGGUCGUAGUGGCAGGUUACAAGAGAAUGCUGUGAAAUACUAACCAAUAUUGGAUUCAGGUUUGUACUUUGAAUAAUUGAAAAGAAAAGAGUUUUAAUGUGUAAUGUAGAUUCAGCUAAUAUUUUUUCUCCAGAAAUACACCCUGCUAUCAUUUAAAAACAAUAAGGAAAAUGACAUGACCAAUUGCAUAAGUGCAGUCAAUUUUUCUCUACAAAUAAGUUUAAAUAAAUUCUACACCAAUUGUAUACAAGAACAAUUAACACUUGUCAUCAAUAUUGACAGAUGAGGAAUGAAGUGGUGUUUCACACUUUGCUAACCUAGCCAUACAAAGUACUUGUUGGAUCAUAAUUACGAUUUUAUCCAAAUGGAUUACGAAAAUUUUGUAUAGAAGAUUUAUAUCUAAUAGUUGAAUUCCUGCCAAGCCAGUAAGUCCUUUUAUGUCAGGUUCAGAUCUAUAUGUAUUACUAGACAUUUUUUUAAUUAUUUCACACAUUUCAUUGGAGUUCCAAUUGUUUUUAAGAAAAAAGUUUUCCGGUUAUGUUUUCUAUGGCAGCUACACCGAACAUUGCUGAUGUAAAUAUAUCUGAUAUAAAAUGUAUUUAACCUCAACCUAAUGUUGAAUGGAAGUACUGUAAGAUGAAACUCAUAUUUUACAUUCAAUAUUCACUAUGUACAUGCUAUUUGGUUUACCCUACACAUUUCAUUUCAUUAAGACAUCAACAAACUGUUUUUUUGGUGAAUGUGUAUACUUUGUUCAAUUGAAAACUAUUUUUUUAACUGCAUUAAAUAAACGGAUAUCAAAAAAUUAUAAGAGAUCAUGCCUUUCUCUUUGUUUUGGACUUUGUAACAUCCUCCCAAGAUUUAACCGAAACAAUACUAUACUUGUUUCUAUUUUUAUAAUAGUAUAAUAAUACUGUUAAUUAUAAAAAUUAUGAAAUUAGUUUAUAUAAAAUAGGAAUUAUUUUAAAAUGUCUAAUCCCAUUUCUAUUUAUUUACAAAUAUUGUGUAUUUACAAAUUUGUUAUUCAUAUAUAUGUAUAUUGUAUUUAUUUUUAUGUAAAUAAAGAAUAUUUCACCAAUUAUUUAAGCAUUUCAAU